ACAAGGGUCUCAUUUUGUUACCUAGGCUGGUCUCGAACUCCUGGGCUUAAGCAUUCCUCCCACUUCAGCCUCCCAAAGUGCUGGGAUUACAGGUGUGAGCCACUGCACCUUGCCAAUUUUCAGAUUUAUAUGUGAUAUGAUUGAGGAAAGCUGAUCAGAAAUACUUUGGCUUGUAGGUAGGAAACACAGUUAUUCUGGCAUGUGAGUAUCUGUGUGCUAGCUGGUAAGGUGCCCAGGAAAGGGGAGAUCAGAUCAAAUAAUGAAUAUACAAUUGAAUGGAAAGAGUACAAGUCCUUACCUGCUUUAAUCCUUACUGGAUACAGAGUUAAUCAGUUCUUGUUACCUUUUAAAGGGCUAGCCCUAAAUAAUUAAGGGACAAUAUUGAAUUCAUAUUAAUUUAAUAUUAACACCCUUUCAAUUGAUAUUUAUUACUCAGAAGUAUCUGGGCUUCCUAAUUUUUUGAUAAAAAGUAAGAAUUCUAGAUAUCCUAAAUUUAAAUUUUCAAAUUUCACUAAUGUUUUACUAAUAUUUCCUGAGCUGUGACAUUCUAAAGCUGACUGUUCCUCAAACCAAACAUCACUUACUAUUAUUACUGAUUAUAAAAACAUCUUGCUUUUGUAUGGAAAACAUUUUAAUAUGCAUUGUAUCACUUAAUCAUUGUAUCAAGUAUGUAGGAUAGGCAGAGGGUUUUGUUGAUUCUUUAGUUUUUAUAUUUCUUCAGGUCCCUAAUAAUAAGGAGCUUUGUGGAUGAUACUAUGCAUCUUCUAGAGAAGCAGUCCUCAACCUUUUUGGCACCAGGGACCAGUUUCGUGGAUGGGGAUUUUGACACUUCAUGACAUGUCAUUAUUUAGAGCAAUAAUGAAUACUGACCUGUUUUGGAUUAGUUGAUGACCUUCGGAAAUGAUCCAAUAAUAUCUACUAUAGAGAAGCUGAAUAUACUCCAUUUGGAGUGAACAGCCCGGAUUGUUACAGAAUUUUCAAGAUGACGGAUCCAAUGAUGGACUUUUUUGAUGAUGCCAAUCUUUUUGGUGAGACCUUAGAAGGUUUGUCAGAUGAUGCAUUUGUACAACCAGGACCUGUUUCACUAGUUGAUGAAUUGAAUUUGGGUGCAGAAUUUGAACCGUUGCACAUAGAUUCACUGAACCAUGUUCAGGGUACUCCAACACAUCAGAAGAUGACUGAUUUUGAACAGUUAAAUCAAUUUGAUUCAAUAAAAUUUCACCAUGUUAAUCAAUCUUUUGGUAGCCCAGCUGAACAUGUGUUAUCUCCACACUCUCAGUUUAAUUGUUCUCCAAUCCAUCCCCAAAACCAACCCAAUGGUUUGUUUCCAGAUGUAUCAGAUGGCAGUCCAAUGUGGGGCCAUCAGACAGCUACUACCAUUUCAAAUCAAAAUGGAUCUCCUUUUCACCAACAAGGACAUUCACACUCUAUGCAUCAAAAUAAAAGCUUUGUGGCACACCAUGACUUUGCCUUAUUUCAGGCCAAUGAACAACAAACACAGUGCACUUCACUACGCUCGCAACAAAACAGAAAUAAUCUCAACCCAGGGCAGAAUUCUCUUAGCCAGUCUAAAAAUUUUAUGAAUGUUUCUGGUCCACAUAGAGUCAACGUUAACCACCCACCACAGAUGACUAAUGCGUCUAAUUCACAACAGUCUAUUUCAAUGCAGCAAUUUUCUCAAACGUCGAAUCCUUCAGCACACUUCCACAAGUGUAGCAAUCAUCAAGAAGGAAAUUUUAAUGGACCUUCCCCAAAUAUGACUUCUUGUUCUGUCAGUAAUUCACAGCAAUUUUCUUCACAUUAUUCCUUUUCCAGUAAUCAUAUAUCACCAAACAGUCUACUUCAGUCCUCUGCAGUUCUUGCAUCUAAUCAUACAAAUCAGACUUUAUCUGAUUUUACUGGAAGUAAUUCCUUUUCACCUCAUAGAGGAAUCAAGCAAGAAUCUACUCAGCAUAUCCUAAACCCCAAUACAUCAUUGAAUUCAAAUAAUUUCCAAAUAUUGCAUUCAUCACAUCCUCAGGGUAAUUAUAGCAAUUCAAAAUUAUCUCCUGUGCACAUGAACUUCCCAGAUCCUGUUGACUCAGGAACUCAAAUGGGCCAUUUCAAUGAUCAUGUAGAAACUAAUGGCUUUUCAUCUUUAGAAGAGAAUUUACUUCAUCAAGUGGAAUCUCAAACUGAGCCAUUCACAGGACUUGACCCCGAGGACCUCCUUCAGGAGGGUCUUCUUCCUCACUUUGAUGAGUCAACAUUCGGACAAGAUAAUUCAAGUCACAUUUUAGAUCAUGACCUUGAUCGGCAGUUUACUUCGCAUCUUGUAACACGGCCUUCUGAUAUGGCUCAGACUCAGUUGCAAAGUCAGGCUCGGAGUUGGCAUUCAUCAUUUUCUAAUCAUCAGCAUUUACAUGACAGAAAUCACCUAUGUUUACAGCGACAGCCUCCAUCUUCCAAGAAGAGCGAUGGUUCUGGGACAUAUACUAAGUUGCAGAAUACCCAGGUGAGGGUCAUGUCUGAGAAGAAGCAGAGAAAAAAGGUGGAAUCAGAAAGCAAGCAAGAAAAGGCUAAUCGUAUAAUAUCAGAGGCCAUAGCAAAAGCAAAGGAGCGUGGGGAACGCAAUAUUCCACGAGUAAUGAGCCCUGAAAACUUUCCUAGUGCUUCAGUUGAAGGAAAAGAGGAAAAGAAAGGUAGAAGGAUGAAAUCCAAGCCAAAGGACAAAGACAGCAAAAAAACAAAAACGUGUUCUAAGUUAAAAGAGAAGACAAAAAUUGGCAAACUCAUUAUUACAUUGGGUAAGAAACAAAAAAGAAAGAAUGAGUCUUCAGAUGAAAUAUCUGAUGCAGAACAGAUGCCACAGCAUACAUUAAAAGAUCAAGACUCUCAAAAAAGAAGAUCAAAUCGACAAAUUAAAAGAAAAAAAUACGCAGAAGAUGUAGAAGGGAAGCAAUCUGAAGAAGAGGUUAAAGGUUCUAUGAAAAUAAAAAAGAAUUCAGCUCCUUUACCUGGUGAACAGCCUUUACAGUUGUUUGUGGAGAAUCCGAGUGAAGAAGAUGCUGCAAUUGUAGACAAAAUUCUAUCUUCUAGAACCGUAAAAAAGGAAAUAUCACCUGGAGUGAUGAUUGAUACAGAAGAAUUUUUUGUAAAAUACAAGAAUUACUCCUAUCUUCACUGUGAGUGGGCCACAGAAGAGCAGCUUUUGAAAGAUAAAAGGAUCCAGCAGAAAAUCAAACGAUUCAAAUUGAGACAAGCACAAAGAGCACAUUUUUUUGCAGACAUGGAAGAAGAACCAUUUAACCCAGACUACGUUGAAGUAGACAGAGUAUUAGAAGUCUCUUUUUGUGAAGAUAAGGAUACUGGUGAGCCUGUUAUUUACUACUUAGUAAAAUGGUGCUCAUUGCCAUAUGAAGAUAGUACUUGGGAACUAAAAGAAGAUGUAGAUCUUGCAAAAAUAGAAGAGUUUGAACAACUGCAAGCUUCAAGGCCUGACACAAGACGUUUGGACCGUCCUCCUUCUAAUAUUUGGAAGAAAAUAGAUCAAUCCAGGGACUAUAAAAAUGGCAAUCAACUCAGGGAAUAUCAACUGGAAGGACUCAACUGGCUCUUGUUCAAUUGGUACAAUAGACGAAACUGCAUCUUAGCAGAUGAAAUGGGUCUUGGCAAAACUAUUCAAUCAAUUACAUUCCUCUAUGAAAUCCUUCUGACUGGUAUAAGAGGACCUUUCCUGAUUAUUGCUCCACUUUCUACUAUUGCAAACUGGGAGAGAGAAUUUCGUACAUGGACUGAUAUUAACGUUGUGGUUUAUCAUGGGAGCCUGAUUAGCAGACAGAUGAUACAGCAAUACGAGAUGUACUUCAGGGAUUCACAGGGGCGUAUCAUUCGAGGAGCUUACAGAUUCCAAGCCAUCAUCACCACUUUUGAAAUGAUUCUUGGAGGCUGUGGAGAGCUUAAUGCAAUUGAAUGGCGAUGUGUGAUUAUUGAUGAAGCACAUAGGUUAAAAAAUAAAAAUUGUAAACUCUUAGAGGGCCUGAAACUCAUGAAUCUGGAACACAAGGUGCUUUUGACUGGCACACCUCUCCAAAAUACAGUUGAAGAACUAUUUAGUCUUCUUCACUUUCUUGAACCCUUAAGGUUUCCUUCUGAAUCGACAUUUAUGCAAGAAUUUGGGGAUCUGAAAACAGAGGAACAGGUACAGAAACUUCAGGCUAUCCUGAAACCAAUGAUGUUGAGACGAUUAAAAGAAGAUGUGGAAAAGAAGUUGGCACCUAAAGAAGAAACCAUCAUUGAAGUAGAACUUACUAAUAUUCAAAAGAAAUACUACCGGGCUAUCUUGGAAAAGAACUUUUCUUUUUUAUCCAAAGGAGCAGGACAAACUAAUGUACCUAACUUGGUCAAUACCAUGAUGGAGCUCAGGAAAUGUUGUAAUCAUCCAUAUCUUAUCAAAGGUGCUGAGGAGAAAAUACUUGGAGAAUUUAGAGAUACUUAUAAUCCAGCUGCUUCUGAUUUUCAUCUUCAAGCAAUGAUCCAGUCUGCUGGUAAAUUGGUCCUUAUUGAUAAAUUGCUUCCCAAAAUGAAAGCUGGAGGUCAUAAAGUGCUCAUCUUCUCUCAAAUGGUUCGCUGCCUUGACAUCCUGGAGGACUAUCUCAUACAUAAAAGAUAUUUAUAUGAGCGAAUUGAUGGCAGAGUCAGAGGAAAUCUUCGGCAAGCUGCUAUAGAUAGAUUUAGUAAACCUGAUUCAGAUAGAUUUGUUUUUCUCCUGUGUACCCGAGCUGGUGGGUUGGGCAUCAACUUAACUGCAGCUGAUACAUGUAUAAUUUUUGAUUCUGAUUGGAAUCCUCAAAAUGAUCUUCAGGCCCAAGCUCGUUGCCACAGAAUUGGUCAGAACAAAGCAGUUAAAGUCUACAGACUGGUAACUCGUAACUCAUAUGAGAGAGAGAUGUUUGACCGAGCCAGUUUGAAACUGGGCCUAGAUAAAGCUGUGUUACAGAGCAUGAGUGGAAGAGAAAGUAAUGUUGGUGGUAUUCAGCAGCUUUCCAAAAAGGAAAUAGAAGAUCUGCUUCGAAGAGGUGCUUAUGGCGCUAUUAUGGAGGAAGAAGAUGAAGGCUCUAAAUUCUGCGAAGAGGAUAUUGAUCAGAUUUUACUACGUCGUACAAAAACUAUUACAAUUGAAUCAGAAGGACGUGGGUCAACAUUUGCCAAGGCAAGUUUUGUGGCAUCUGGAAACCGGACAGAUAUUUCUUUAGAUGAUCCCAACUUCUGGCAAAAAUGGGCUAAAAAGGCAGAAAUAGAUAUAGAGGCCAUCAGUGGCAGAAACAGCUUGGUUAUUGACACUCCAAGAAUUAGGAAGCAAACAAGACCUUUUAGUGCCACAAAAGAUGAAUUGGCUGAAUUAUCUGAAGCUGAAAGUGAAGGAGAUGAAAAGCCCAAACUCCGGAGACCCUGUGACCGUUCCAAUGGCUAUGGAAGAACUGAAUGCUUUAGAGUUGAGAAAAACCUCCUAGUUUAUGGGUGGGGCCGAUGGAGAGAGAUUCUAUCUCAUGGCCGUUUCAAAAGGCAGCUAAAUGAACAUGAUGUAGAGAUAAUUUGCCGAGCUCUCUUAGCAUAUUGCCUUGUUCACUACCGAGGAGAUGAGAAGAUUAAAGGUUUCAUAUGGGAUCUCAUUACUCCAACUGAAGAUGGACAGACACGAGAGCUACAGAAUCAUCUAGGCCUAUCAGCUCCUGUACCCAGGGGUCGAAAAGGGAAGAAAGUAAAAACUCAAACAAGCUCAUUUGAUAUACAAAAAGCAGAAUGGCUUCGAAAAUAUAAUCCCGAGCAGCUACUUCAAGAUGAAGGCUACAAAAAACAUAUAAAACACCACUGUAAUAAGGUUUUGCUUCGUGUGAGAAUGCUGUAUUAUCUAAAGCAAGAAGUCAUUGGAAAUGAGUGUCAGAAAGUAUUUGAUGGAGUUGAUGCAAGUGACAUUGAUGUUUGGGUACCAGAACCAGACCACUCAGAAGUUCCUGCUGAGUGGUGGGAUUUUGAUGCCGAUAAGUCACUCCUUAUUGGAGUUUUUAAACAUGGAUAUGAAAAAUAUAACACUAUUCGAGCAGACCCAGCAUUAUGCUUCUUGGAAAGAGUGGGAAAACCUGAUGACAAAGCAGUUGCUGCCGAACAGAGAGCGAAUGAUUAUAUGGAUGGGGAUGUGGAAGAUCCAGAAUACAAACCUGCCCCAGCCAUCUUUAAAGAUGAUAUAGAGGAUGAUGUGUCCUCACCAGGAGAUCUUGUUAUAGCAGAUGGAGAUGGUCAACUGAUGGAGGGUGAUAAAGUAUAUUGGCCUACUCAAUCAGCUUUAACCACACGUUUAAGGCGUCUCAUCACUGCAUACCAGCGUACUAAUAAAAACAGACAAAUUCAACAGAUACAACCGACUUUCUCGGUGCCUACCAGUGUAAUGCAGCCUAUUUAUGAGGAAGCCAGUCUUAAUCCUAAAAUGGCAGCCAAGAUAGAAAGACAGCAAAGAUGGACAAGAAGAGAAGAAGCUGACUUUUAUAGAGUUGUAUCUACAUUUGGAGUCGUUUUUGACCCUGACAGAGGCCAAUUUGAUUGGACAAAAUUUAGAGCUAUGGCUAGGCUACAUAAGAAAACUGAUGAUAGUUUGGAAAAAUAUUUGUACGCAUUCAUGUCCAUGUGUCGGAGGGUUUGUCGUCUUCCUUCCAAAGAAGAAUUGGUGGAUCCAAAUAUUUUUAUCCAGCCCAUCACAGAAGAACGUGCUUCUAGGACUUUGUAUCGCAUUGAACUUCUAAGGAAAGUACGGGAACAGGCCCUUCGACAUCCACAGUUGUUUGAACGCUUGAAGCUUUGCCAUCCAAAUCCAGAUUUACCAGUCUGGUGGGAAUGUGGCCCUCAUGAUAGGGAUUUGCUUAUUGGUGCUGCCAAACACGGGGUGAGCCGAACAGACUAUCACAUUCUUCGUGAUCCUGAACUCUCAUUUAUGGCAGCUCAGAGGAACUACAGUCAAAGUAAGAUGGCUCAUUCAAGGACUUCUACCCCACUUUUACAGCAAUAUCAAGUAGCACUUUCUGCUUCUCCUCUUACCUCUCUACCUAGGCUCCUAGAUGCUAAAGGUAUUAUUCUAGAGGAGAUGAAAGUUAAAAGUGAAAACCUUAAAGAGGAGCCUCAGUCUUCUGAAGAAGAAUCUAUGUCUUCUGUGGAAACCAGGACACUAAUAAAAUCUGAGCCUGUAAGUCCAAAGAAUGGUGUUUUACCACAGGCUACUGGAGACCAGAAAUCUGGUGGAAAAAGUGAAACAGACAGACGCAUGGUUGCAGCCAGAACAGAACCCCUAACUCCAAACCCAGCUUCUAAGAAACCAAGAGUCCACAAAAGAGGAUCAGAAUCUAGUUCUGAUUCUGACUCAGAUUCUGAGAGAUCAUCCUGUUCUUCCAGAUCAUCUUCUUCCUCAUCAUCCUCCUCUUCUUGCUCCCACUCUCGAUCAGGCUCUAGUUCUUCUUCAUCUUCAUCUUGUUCUUCAGCAUCUUCUUCAUCCUCUUCCUCCACCUCUUCCUCCUCCUCCUCCUCUUCAUCUUCAUCAGAAGAAAGUGACAGUGAUGAAGAGGAAGCCCAAAAACGAGCAGAAAGCACUACUCACAUGAAAGCCUAUGAUGAAGAAAGCGUCGCGUCACUGAGCACUACCCAGGAUGAGACUCAGGAUAGUUUUCAGAUGAACAAUGGCACACCAGAGCCUGCUUACAUCUUACAAGGUGGAUAUAUGCUGGCAGCCUCGUAUUGGCCAAAGGAUCGUGUGAUGAUCAAUAGGUUGGACAGUAUUUGUCAAACAGUUCUGAAAGGAAAGUGGCCUUCAGCUAGAAGAAGUUAUGAUGCUAACACAGUGGCUUCUUUCUAUACCACAAAACUGCUGGACAGCCCUGGAGCAGCUACGGAAUACAGCGAGCCCAGUGUACCCACUCCCCCAGGUGCUGGUGUUAAAGAAGAACAUGAUCAGUCAACACAGAUGUCAAAGGUGAAGAAGCAUGUACGAGAAAAGGAGUUUACAGUGAAAAUCAAAGACGAAGGUGGUUUGAAGUUGACAUUUCAGAAGCAAGGGCUUGCUCAGAAAAGACCAUUUGAUGGUGAAGAUGGUGCUCUGGGGCAGCAGCAGUACCUCACUCGGCUUCGAGAGCUUCAAAGUGCAUCAGAGACCAGCCUCGUCAAUUUCCCAAAAUCCAUACCAGUAUCAGGUACUUCUAUUCAACCAACCCUUGGUGCCAAUGGUGUGAUAUUAGACAACCAGCCUAUAGUCAAAAAAAGGCGAGGAAGGAGGAAGAAUGUAGAAGGUGUUGACAUCUUCUUUUUUAACAGAAAUAAACCACCUAAUCAUGUUUCUUUAGGCUUAACCUCCUCUCAGAUUUCCACAGGGAUAAAUCCAGCACUAUCCUAUACUCAGCCUCAAGGAAUUCCUGAUACAGAAAGUCCAGUUCCAGUUAUUAAUCUGAAAGAUGGAACAAGACUUGCAGGAGAUGAUGCACCAAAGAGAAAGGAUUUGGAAAAAUGGCUUAAGGAGCACCCAGGUUAUGUGGAAGAUUUGGGAGCUUUUAUUCCUAGAAUGCAGCUUCAUGAGGGAAGACCCAAACAAAAAAGACACCGUUGCAGAAACCCCAAUAAACUAGAUGUGAAUAGUCUCACUGGAGAAGAACGUGUUCAACUGAUUAACAGAAGAAAUGCUAGAAAGGUUGGAGGUGCAUUUGCUCCCCCUUUGAAAGAUUUAUGUAGAUUCCUAAAAGAAAAUUCAGAAUAUGGAGUAGCUCCUGAAUGGGGAGAUGUUGUUAAGCAAUCUGGAUUUCUUCCAGAAAGCAUGUAUGAACGUAUUCUCACUGGUCCCAUUGUGAGAGAGGAAGUAAGCAGGCGGGGGAGACGGCCUAAAAGUGGAAUUGCAAAGGCCACAGCAGCAGCAGCUGCUGCAUCUGCCACCAGUGUUUCAGGCAAUCCUUUGUUAGCCAAUGGAUUACUUCCAGGUGUGGAUCUCACAACUCUUCAGGCCUUACAACAAAACCUACAAAACUUGCAGUCACUGCAAGUAACUGCAGGGUUGAUGGGAAUGCCUACUGGCCUUCCUUCUGGAGGAGAAGCUAAAAACAUGGCUGCUAUGUUCCCCAUGCUGCUGUCAGGAAUGGCUGGAUUACCAAAUCUGUUGGGCAUGGGAGGACUCCUGACAAAGCCUACGGAAUCUGGGACAGAAGACAAAAAGGGAAGUGACUCUAAGGAGUCAGAAGGAAAAAAAGAAAGGACAGAGAGCCAAAGUUCAGAGAAUGGUGGAGAAAACUCUUUGUCAAGUUCUCCUUCCACAUCCUCUACUGCUGCAUUAAAUACAGCUGCAGCUGCCAACCCAUUAGCUCUUAACCCACUAUUACUAUCUAAUAUACUUUAUCCAGGGAUGCUUCUCACUCCAGGCCUUAAUCUUCAUAUUCCAACUUUGUCCCAGUCCAGUACUUUUGAUGUACAAAACAAAAACAGUGACUUAGGCUCAUCUAAGUCUGUAGAAGUAAAGGAAGAAGAUUCCAGAAUUAAAGAUCAGGAAGACAAAGGAGGAACUGAACCAAGUCCUCUCAAUGAAAACAGCACAGAUGAGGGUUCAGAGAAAGCUGAUGCUUCAUCUGGAUCUGAUAGUACAUCGUCGUCAUCUGAGGAUUCAGAUUCUAGUAAUGAAGACUGAUUCCCAGACUCUGCACUUAAAAUAUGAACUGAUUUUGGAUUUUUUCUUUAAUAAUUAAUUGUAAAUACCCCAGUGUUGAGUGCGUCAAUAACUUACUGACCGAACAUUUCAGUUAUUUGUUUAGAAGUGCAAACUGCUUUCAGAGACUUUUUGCAUGUAAUAUUUCUUAAGAUUCAUAAGUUUCUGAACUCGUAUGUACUAUCAAAUACAUAAAGGUGUAAAAUUACAACAAAAGGCAUUAUAAUUUUGUUGGGGGUUAAUUUUAUGAAAAUUAUGCUCAAUAAGAGUUGUAUAUUUAAUAUAUUUGCAGUGAACACAGAAUACUUUAUGCAUAUUACUGAUUUAAUUUGAAUAUAGUUUUACAGCCUCCUUGACACCUAUAAUUUACAGAUCAAAACUCAGCAAUAAUUUGGGCAGCUAAUGAAUGUCAUGAAAGCUGUAGAAUCUACAUCACCAUCCAUUGCUUUAAUUACAUGAAAAUGCUCUAGUGUUGUGAUGCACUGCUGAUGUUUCCAAUUCAGGUACAAGUAUGUUUUAAAGAAGAAAUAAGUUUCCCAAUCAGCCAAUUUAACUGGCUACCUGUUACCUCAGCUGAGUUAGUUUAGGAAGUUUACAUUCGUUUCUAAUUCUAUACUUGUUUUCAGGGGUUUUUUAAACACAUCCUAUAUAUCAUGUUAAUCUGGCAAGAAAUAUGACUUGCUUUUUGCUGAGUUUAAUUCAGAUAUCAGUAAAAUUAAGUCAUAAAAUAAUCAUGUGUCAUGUGACUUUGGCACCCUAUAGACAUACUUAGUUUUAACUUUUCAAAGUUUGGCCUCCUAUUAGAAAUAAUCAUGUCUCAGAUGAGUAAUGUCUGUUUCCAGGGUUCAGAAAAGGCAAACUCAUGAAAUGCCACUGAAAAGAACUUUCAACACAGCAUACUUCAUGUAAAAGAAAUUGUUUGUUUGCUUUCUUUGUGUAGAUUUCUAUUUGUGUUUUAUGUCAUGGAAAUAUUCCAGAAUUAACAGAUAAUAGUGGUAAAGUAAUAUGCAGAUAGUCUAAAUUCAUUUUGAGUUUCUAGGUGUAAGCAGACUAAAUGUUGCCCAGAAUCAGUGUUGGGUUAUCAGUUUAUAUUAAAUAUACUGAGUUGCCCGUUUUGAAAAUGCACUUUGAAUAAUCUCAAAAAGAUGUGCAAGUUAUACCUGUAAACCACAAAAGUGAAGCCUAAGGCUUCUGUUCAAUUUCAUAGAAUCCUUUACCAUGUAAAAUUUGUCUGAUAUUUGAUUUGUGAUACAAUUUCUCCUGCUAAAGCUGCUAUUAUUCUGACAAGGUAGAGGUCCAGGUUCACCUUCAUAUAUAUUUAAAACAAUUAGUACUGAAUUGGACAUAAAAAUAUUGACAUUCGAAGGAGAGAUAUAUGUUAGCAUUUUUCUGGUACUCAAAUAAGUUAGUGGUAAAGUCUGCAAGGGCAUAAAUUUAGGGGGAAAAAGUGUCCCAGUUCUCUCCUACAGAAAAAAUACUUUCAGUGUGUUUUGAUAAAACUGUUGCUUUGUCAUGAGUUAGUUAAUUGUAUCAGGUUUUCCAAGACCUUUACCAGUAAAUUAUGUUUCUGUAUGUAAAAUAACCCCUUAUUAGAGAGACAGUGUUAUAUGUAUUUACAAAAUUAUAUAAGUUCCAUUGGGAUUGUAUUGAUUUUGUAUUUUCCCAAAAUAGUACUUUGAAUUGAUAGUCCUUUAUGCAAUGUCUUAGCAAUAGUCUCUAUAAUGCCCAUCCAGGAGAAGUGGGUAGUAAUUCUUCAUCAUGAAAAUGAUAUAUUACAUAUUUAGUAUCUUCCCUUUGCAGUAUUGCACUUUUGUUUAACUAGAAUACACCUAUGAGAUAGCCAAAGUUUUUCAAACACAGUUAACUUAGUUUACCGGUGGAGUAUUUCAACACCAACCACAUUUCCCUUCCUCCCUCUAAUUCUACCCACAUGAUCUUUAUUCCUUCCUUUCGCCAAUUAAAAAAAAAAUAAAAAAAAAAAAAAAAGGAAAAAAAAUCUGUAGAUCUUGUCACUAAAAUCUAAUUUAUAUCAAAUUUAUGAGAGAAAGUAUUUUCCUAAUUAUGGUCAAAUAAAUUUGGUUAACAUCCUAGUGAUUCUCUUUCUAUGUAAUAAGGCAAUUACAGUUUUCAAAGCAUUAAGUCUAACAUAACUUUAAACAUUCUCUUAGGUUUCAAGACACUUCUAUUUAAUAUUCAUUGGGGAAAAGUUGUCCAGCUAUCAGCUAAGAAAACACAUGCAAAUAUGGUUGUGUAAAGUUAAGGGUUAUAAGGAAAAAAAAAAAAUCAGUAGAAUUACAUAAUACUAAAGUUGCAGUUGAAAGGAUAUCCAAGUAUGUGUUGGUAGUUACUAAAAGAAUUAUAGCUGUUAUUGCCUUGUAUUUAUAGCCCUUGUUUCAGGUUUUAUGAUUCAAAUCUUAGUCCAAUCUUUCUUUUGGACAUUUGCAAUAUUUACCAGUUGUGUUUUGUGUAGUCUGAAUUUGCUUUCUGUAGUUGAGCAAACGUCUUAAAAAGUCAUUUGUAAUUUAUUACUUUCUAUGAUGUUCUAUAGAGCAAAUGGAAGUUUAAUUAUUUUUUAUUAAACAUAUUCUUUGACUACC